AUGCAUACUGCAGAACAUUCUCUUGAAUGCAAUAUAUGCAAUAAGACAUUUACAGAAUUAGGUGGUCUGAAACGACAUGCUGACGCACAUCUGAAAAAACACAUGCUGAUGCAUAAUGGAUUAAGCCCUCAUAAAUGUAAUGCAUGUGAUAAGACAUUCAUAGAUUCGGCUAAUCUAAAAAGGCACAUGCUGGUGCACGAUGGAGUACGUCCUUAUGAAUGCAAUAUUUGUAAUAAGACAUUUACACAACCAGGUCAUCGAAAUGGUCACAUGCUGACGCACAAUGGAGUACGCCCUCAUGAAUGCGAUGUAUGCAAGAAGACAUUCACACAAUAUAGUAAUCUGAAGAGACAUAUGGUUAUUCACAGUCAUGAGCCUCCCGUGUGCAAUAUAUCCAAGCCUGAUGAAAAUCAAUGA